UUCGGGCGAAUGGCGGGGAUGAAGGUUGGCGACAUGGAGCUGGGCUAUGGGAGCUUCCAAGUGGAGGGAAGGUCGAAUUGGAAGAGAAAAGCUUUCCUUGUCGCCAUGGGCACCGCCAUGACUGCCCUGAUGAUUCUUCUUGGUCUUGAUCAAUCGCAUGAGAUCUCAGAACCAACAAGACAAACCCUCUCGACUCAAAGACUCUUUGCGGCUGAUAACGUUGCGAUGAAUGGCGGCACCAGCGGCGUUGCAGCAAGCAAAGGAGAUGCUUCCGACUUCAUGAACAGCGCUGACCUGGGUGACUACGUUGAUGCUAUCAUCGGUCCUGCACCCUCUGGGUUGACGGAAGGAGGAUACAAGAAACGUGGAAGUAUCGCUGUCUCCAAGAUCGACGCAGCAGGCUUCUACUACUUGAACGUGGAGGGAGAGCCCGGGCAUGCCUUGGAGUGCAUCCUGCAGGGCUCCGACGGCUACCACAGACACUGGAAGGGAUACGGGCAGAUUUACACAGGGCCCAUCCAUGAGGGCAACUACGGAGGGAAGGACUACUUGCAGAUUCAAGAUCUUGUUACGGGAGAGGUGGAGUACUUUCGGUUUCGUUUCACUUAAUGAAUCAAAUAGAGCUAAA